AUGGACUCUUCUAGCUCUCAGCCUGAAAACAAGAAUGGAAAAACAAAUAUGAGUUGGACACAGGACAUGGAUAAUUUACUCAUUGACACACUUGCUGAGCAAGUCAACUUUGGAGACAAGGUUGACAAAAGUUUCAAAUCACCGGCUUACACUGUAGCGGCACGUGAUAUUAGCACUAAGUUUUCAGUUGAAUUAUGGAAGGUGAUUUAUUAUGGAACUCCCAUGGUAAACGAGCAGGCACAUCCAGAGGCAAAGCAAUUUAGACGAAAAARCAUUCCAAACUAUGACCAAUUGGCAUUGGUAUGUGGAAAUGAUCAAGUGACUGGGAUUGGUGCCUUUACAGCCAAGGAGCUAAAUAAGCAAGAUGCAAUUUCUGCAACUGCCACUAGUGCAACACCGAAUGUUGAGCAUGUGUUUGAUGACAUUGAUGAGGCUGAGAAUUUUGGAGAUUCUAACCUUCAAGCAAGGCCGGUGGAGGCAAGUAGUUUUGCAGAAGGAAGAGUUUUAGGAAAACGGAAGUCAUAUGCUUCAAUUGUUGCUGAACAAGUGCAAGACAUUGCUAUACAUCUCAGGAAACUUGCAUCUGCAGUUGAGAGAGGGUUUUGUUUAUUUAGCAAGGAAAAGGUGUAUGCCGAUGUUAUGAGCCUAGAAGGAUGUUCAAUGGCAUUUUUUAUGAAAGCAUAUGACUUCUUAGCUGAGUCUGAAAGUCGAGUUAUGACAUUUUACGGAGUGGAGCCACAUUUGAGGAAGGCAUGGCUUCAAAUGAAGUUAGGGCAUCCAUAUUGA